GGGAGGACUUAAGAUUGUCCCUAGACACUCAGCCGUUCACUGUGCUCCCCGUCCAGAAAUGCCUGGAUCCGCCACUGGAUAUAAUAUUAUAUUACUCUGCUGGGAUUUAAAUCUGUAUUCAAAGUUUUAAAAUCUGAGAUUUUGUCUCUGCACUGUGAAGUUUGGUGACAACCUAACGAGAAAAUGAAAGCUGAAUUCAUGACUCAAAACGGUUCAGUUAUACUGCAUUUACUUCCUUAUUUACAAAAGAGUAGGCCUACAUACAUACUGGAUGACAGAUUAAGGUCUCUACUACGGAAUUUCCCACGGUACCACUCUGGAUAAAUCGAAUGCAGGCCAAGAAUGAUAUACGUUAAUAAUAGAGAGAUUAAAUUCAACACAAGUGAAACUUCAAGAAUCACUUUGUGGCUAGGAUUGACCAGGGAAUAAAUAUACUUCCAGGUAAAUUUAGAGAUGCCUAGGUGUGGAUGUGGCCACCGCUUUCCCUCUGUAGACUCAGACACAGAGGAUGAGGACAGUGAUGAUGAAUACGUGCCAUCUUGGAUGAAACUUUGGGAACAAAGAGAGAAAAAGUUCAUUUCGACAAGAGCCUUCAAAUUGGCAGAGAAAACAUUACGAACUUUUAACAAAGUUAUCAUACAAGGAGAGACUGGAUGUGGUAAAUCCGCCAUUGCUCUAAACAUAGCAUUAAAGUAUAGGUCUCGGAAGUGGGAGGUUGUAAUGGUGAAAAAUAUCAGAGACAUUAAAUCUGCUCCUGUGAAAAGAAAAUCCGUUCUCUUCAUUAUCAACGAUCCGAUAGGAAAAACUGCAUUGGACGAAAAAUCAUGUAGACGGUGGUACUUACAGAAGAAUUUGCUGAACCGUUAUUUUUCGACAAAUGGGCAGAAUGAAAAAAAGAUCAAAACUCCAAAAGUUAUUGUGACUUGCAGGUCGACUCUUACUGAGAAGAUUCUUGAAUGCUAUUUCAGUAAAUUCACUGUCAUUGAUAUGGACGAAGAGGAGAUUAAAAUCUGUAAAGAAGAAAAAGAAAAAAUUUUAAAGAAGCAUAUAGAUUGUUCAAAACUUACUGAAAGUGAUAUCAAUGAAUUACUUAAAACUGAAAAAGCAUUCCCCUUAAUAUCUGAUAUGGCGAAUACCUGCAAAAUUCUUGAAAGGGAUUUACAAGCAUUUUACAGAGAACCCUUUGAAGAAAUAAAAAAGGAAAUUUUGUCUUUGAAAGACAGUUCAAAAGAAAAGUUUUUAUGUCUGUUUCUACUUACCUUGAGUGGAAAUCGAUUAACGAAAAGCAGUUUUGAAGAGGAAAUACAUGAUUGUGAUGACACAAAUAGCAUGUACGAGGAGAAUAGGAUAGUCAAUGAUGACAGAGAAAAUGAAAAGAAAAACAAUGAGAAAAAUAAAGAGGCGUUUACUAACAACUAUGAUGGUGGUGACAACAAAGAUGAUGAAAAUAAAUAUGUCAGCGUCAACAGCAAUGAUGAGGAAGAUGAGGAGGAGGAGAAAGAUGAUGAUGAUGAUGAUGAUGAUGAUGAUGAUGAUGAUGAUGAUGAUGGUGACGAUGACGACGACGACGACGAUGAUGAUGAUGAUGAUGAUGACGACGAUGAUGAUGAUGAUGACGAUGAUGAUGAUGAUGAUGAUUAUGAUGAUGAUGAAUGGCAUGAAGAAAUGAUAGAGGACGUAUUGGAAAUUUUAAACUUUCCAGAAAACUUUUCUAAAAGAAUUCUCUUCGAAAACUUUAAGUAUCUCAGGGGUCACUACUUCGUGAUGAGAGUGGGUAAAAUUUUUCAAAUUACAAACGAUUCGUUUUUGCUGGCGUUGACUCAUAUAUUUUGUACACAUUUUCCAGAACUAUUCUUGAAAUACUGUCCAAGUAAAUUCUUUCGUACUUUGACAACUUGCUCGAUUGCAAAAGGGGGAAUCUUUCCAAACGUUCAAUUACAAGACGCAUAUAUCAAUUCAUUUGUGGAUAGAAUUCUGGAAGAUAUAAAGAAUGGCACAUUUUUGGAUGUUUUUCUGAGUCCUUGGAUCCGGGAUGUGAGAGUCUUGUCCAAUCUGCAAAUGCGAUUCGAAGCAAUCCCGUACGAAGAUCUGAUACGGGUGACUUUAACAUCAAAACUAGAUGCUGACCUUACAAUUGCAAGCUCGGAAGUACGAAAAAAAAUGACUGGCUUGUCUCGACUGGAUUUCAUUGCACUAAGUAAGGAAGUAUCUCCAAUAAUUCUGUCACUUAUAUUAAACCUGAACGAUCUUUUCCACACCAUGUUCACAUUGAUCAGAAAGAAGGCCGAGAAUGAAGACAGAUCUGAAUGCUUCAAGAAUGUUCCUUUAAUGUGCGCCUGUUGUGUCAAUGGACGAGAAGAUCUUGCCAGACUAGUCAUAGAUAAUGUUGAUGACAAACAUACAUGCUGGAGUAAACAAGAAAAUAUCUACCCUGUGCACAUUGCUGCCAACUUCCUGAACACUGACGUCUUAGGUCUUCUUUUAGAUGGGGAGUGUGAUGUUAACAUAACAACACAAAACAAAGAAUCGCCUUUUUUCUUGGCAUCAGCAGUCGAAAAGUACCAUCUCCAAAAUAUCCACUGGACUAGUAGUCAGGCAGUGGGUCAUUCCGCAAGAAAAUACGAAGAGUUAGUGGAAGAAAACCGUUUAAAGACCCUUACUCUUCUUGAACAGAAAGGUGCAAAUGUAAACAAUCAUCCUAGUGAAUUACCUUCUGCCCUUGCUUUUUCUUGUCAAAGGGGAUAUGUCGAUACAGUUCAGUUUAUGAUUAGGAAUGGUGCGAAUGUGAAAGAAACUGACGAAGAAAACCUUAAUGCGCUACAUUUUGCUUCAGAAGUAGGGAAUAUUGAAAUUGUUCAAUUGUUGCUGGAGAGUGGUGCAGAUAUAAAUCUCAGUACCACAAGAGGCCCGAUGCCAUUAUAUUUAGCAUCCCUUAAUGGACACGUUGAUGUAGUAGAGAUGUUUCUUUCUAAAGAUAGCACCCAAGAACUAAAAGGGAGAUUGAUAUACAAGCCGUUCUCCGUAGCCUGCAAGCAUGGCCAUAAAAGGAUCGUUGAAAGGCUUUUAGAAUAUGAUAAUCGUAUAUUAUCUGAUGACACUUCAUCUUUGUCGACUGCUGUUGGUAAUGGGCACAAGGAAAUUGUUGAAUUGCUUUUGAAAAAUGGCGCUGAUGCAAAUAUUUCUAAAAAUGCAAGCAAGAUAAGCCCUUUAUAUUCUGCUGCUGGUUCCGGAUAUGAUGAUAUUCUUAAAUUAUUACUGAACAGUGGUGUGAAUGUUAACAUGGAAACAAAAAAUGCAAAUACGGCUUUGGAUAUUGCGUCACAGAAUGGCCACCGUUUGAACGUUCAGAUAUUACUAGAAAAUGGUGCAAAUGUCAAUCAUUGCACUAUACAACAAGCAACUGCAUUAUUCUAUGCGGCAGAUAAUGGUCACUAUGAAAUAGUGAUGCUACUUCUACGGAAGAAAGCAGAUGUGAAUAUCUGCACGAAAAACGGAAACAGUCCCUUGAUACGGGCUUCAUCUUGUGGAUAUGAAAAUAUAGUUCGCGAACUUCUGAGUCAUGGGGCUGAUGUUAACCAAUCCAAUGUUGCGGGGAUAACAGCACUGUAUUUGGCGUCUGAAAAUGGACAUACUGAUAUUGUAAAACUUCUGUUAGUCAACAAAGCAGAUGUCAACUUAGGUAAAAAAGAUGGAAGCACUUCAAUGUAUAUUGCAUCUCGAUAUGGGCAUCAUGGAAUUGUUCAAGAACUGUUAAAACACGGUAAAAAUAUCAAUGGCACGAGCUCGAAAAACCCUUUGUUAAUAGCCUCCUAUUUCGGACAUUAUGACAUUGUUGAAAUUCUUUUGGGAAACGGGGCGAAUGUUAACGUGCAGGAUGACGUUGGAGACACUCCUUUGAUAACUGCGUCGAGAAAGGGAUGGAGUGGAAUCGUGAAAAUUCUUCUGAAGUUCGGAGCCGAUGUCACACUCUGCAACGAAGAAGAUGACGAAAAUGCUUUACACUACGCAUGUUUUCGAGGUCAUACAGACGUGGUGAAAAUACUACUUGAUCAUGGAAUGGAUAUUGAUGACUAUGACGAAUACACGAACACGCCUUUACAGAAAGCUUUAGAAGGGGAACAUCUGAUGACUGCAUUGUUUUUGUUAGAUCAUGGCGCAAAUGUGAACAUUGUAGCAUGUGACACAUCUGCUCUUUAUUUAGCAUGCGACAUCGGAUUUAAGGAAGUAGUGGAUAUUCUUCUAGAGGCCAAUGCAGAAGUUAAUCCCAAGAACCCCGACGGUUCUUCUGCAUAUUCUCCUCUUUUUGCUGCUGUCGGGAAUGGUUAUUUUCAAAUUACCAAAGAACUUUUACGCCAUGGGGCUAAUAUCAUCGAUACGAAAAAAUUUGGUGGGGAAACCUUGCUAGUAAAGGCCAUUGAGUCUCGAAAUUCUGGGAUAGCAAAGCUUCUCAUCGAACAUGGAGCUAACGUCAACGAACAAGAUGAACGUGGAAACACAGCUCUGCAUGCAAGCGCUUAUUAUACUGACACCCUAGAUUGCAUGACAGUUCUAUUGAACAACAAUGCCAAUCCAAAUGUUUCCAACUGUGACGGAAUUACUCCAAUGUUGAUGGCACUGGAAACACGACCCGAGAAAAGGGAUCGAAUUCAGGCUCUCGUUGAUCAUGGAGCUAAUAUUAAUGCUCGAGAUAAUUCUGGAUAUUUUGCACUGCAGUCGGCUUGUAUAUUCCCUGAUCAAGAUAAUGUUGUUGCAUAUCUACUGAAAAAUGGCGCCAAUAUCAAUGCACGUAAUGGAAAUGGAGAAACUGCUCUCUAUGCAGCAUCCAACACUGGCUAUCUUCGGAAUGUGAAAACACUCCUUCAGUAUGGGGCAGACAUUAAUCUUUGUUCAAAAACUGGACUUAGUCCACUUGAUAUUGCGACGAAAUUAGGAAACACAAAACUGAAAAAGUUUCUUCAGAAAAAAAUACACGAGGGGAAAAAUAACAGUAUUUCUGAUUCACAGAGAGAGAUUGUCGUGGCCAAGCAGAGUUCGGUAGCAACAGCUCUUCCAAGGAGAAGAAACUUUGCAAAGCUAACAAAGACAUUGCGCCAAAAGAGAUUUUAGUGAUAUUCUCUCCUUUUGAAUACUGUGUGACAGAUUUUAGUGAUAUUCUCUCCUCUAGAAUACUGUGCGACAGAUUUUAGUGUUAUUCUCUCCUUUUGAAUACCGUGCGACAGAUUUUAGUGAUAUUCUCUCCUUUUGAAUACUGAGCGACAGAUUUUAGUGAUAUUCUCUCUUUUUGUAUAAUGUGCGACAGAUUUUAGUGAUAUUCUCUCCUUUUGAAUACUGAGCGACAGAUUUUAGUGAUAUUCUCUCUUUUUGAAUACUAUGCGACAUAUUUUAGUGAUGUUAUCUCCUUUUGAAUACUGAAUUGUUUUGGCCUCAACCAAACACAUUUUGUUAAUUCAAAAUUUUGAUUGAUUUCAUUGGUUUUAGUUUUUCAAAGUCAUAGCAGAUAAAUGAUAUGUUUCUGUUGUUUUGUAAACGUGCACUUUAAAAUAAUCAUGAACUACCACCAAUCUGGUUGAUUUUAUUGAAUAUCUAUUGAUCAGUUUAUUAAAUAAAUCAUUUUCUUCUCCCUUCAUAUCUGUAUGUACUAGCACCCACCAAAACAGAUUGCACAACUAAUGAAACAAUGGGCAUAUUGAUUUUCUUCUUCAGAAUUAUGAUUGAUUUCAUUGAUUUAUUAUUGGUUUUAGUUUUUCAAAGUUGUAGAAAUAAAAUGAUAUAUGUACAUUAGAAUAAACAUGAACUACAUGUACUACCAAUCUGAUUGAUUUUUAUUGAUUAUCUAUUGAUUAAUUUAUUGACAAAAUUUGCUUUUCCCUUCCUAACUUAUGUACUAGUACACCAAAAAGUAUACUGAUGAAAUGAUUGAUUUAUUAAUAUUUUUGUGUUCAAUAGAAUUCAAUUUGAUAUCAAUUUACAUAUCAUAAAAGUGUUACAAUUGUGUUGUCAUUAUAAUGAAUUCGAUUUUAAGAGCAGCGCACAUUCAGAACAGAGCACGUGGUCUUAAUGUUUUCAAUGUGCAGAUACCACACAUUUAGUGUCACUUGUUUAAUUUCAAAAUCAAAAUAAGCACAGAGAAAUGUUUGCUAGCAUAAUGAUAAUAGCCAAUAAAACUAAUGAUUUUAGAUUUGUAUUUUAGUGUUCAUUUAUCUAUACGUAGAAUGAACAAUGUAGAUUAAAACGGAUAUGAUGUAUUAUAAAUAUUUCUUUUUUGAUUUCAUAAUUAAGUUUCAAUACUCAUUGCAAAAGUGACAAGUUCCCAUGCUAUGAAGACCUGGCCUGUCAGAAUAAAGGGAAUAUCUAUCACCAUAUUAAAGGAUGGUGAUGGAAACUUUUGCUGAAGUUGGAAAUUCCGUUAUACAGAAACAAUGGAGCAGUCACUGUGAUUAAUAUGAUGUAUGUACAUUACAAUUUUCUUAUGCAUGAUAUGUAUUUUGAAAUGCAUCACUAUUAUUAUGAUGUAUGCAUCAUAUGAAAUGGAAAAAUGAAUUUUUCUCAUCUUUCUGAUGUAUGGUAUGCAUUAUGAUUGUUAUGAUGUAUGUUUGCAUUAUGAAAUAAGUAUUUUAAAUAAAAGAUUUUUAAAAAACC